CUCUGUUCAGACCUCACCGCCCCUUUCCAUUCAAACCAACCUUGAGCCACACAUCAGAGCGUUUCAUCCACAGCCUCUGCUGACUGCUUUAGGAGCCUGUGAGAUUGCUGAAGUUUGACUUGGAGAAUAGUGACCAACAGAGACCAUGAUGAAAAUCACACUGCUGCUGCUGCUCACCCUGACAGGGCCUUUCUGUACCUUUACCCAAGCAAGUCCGACGACGCCACCAACAAGUUUGGAAACGACUUCAGAACCAAAACCAUCAGAAACAUCUCCUCCAGUAGCAUCAACACAAACACCAGUUUCUGAAACUACAGAAAAAAUGCCUGUCAUGACUGCAGGAGUACCAGCAGCUUCCACAGCUCCACAAGUGACACAAACAGAACCUGCAGCCUCAACAGCAGCAGCAGCAGAAUCAACAAAAGCUGGAACUGAAGUAAAAAACGACACUGAAGCCACAAUUGGAGCCGCAACUGAUCAUGUUGUAGGGACGACAGAUGAAGAUGGCAAGGAAUCACCGUCACCAGUAAAUAUAGUGGACGAAGAAGGAAUGGGCACUGGACAGGUGGUGGGGAUUGUAAUCGGCGCAUUGAUUGGAGUAAUUGUUGUCAUCGCUAUAAUCAUCCUGGUUGUCAGAAGAAUGGGCCAGUACUCCCCCUGAAAAGAAAGGCUCGACAGGAAGAGAAGAAGAAGAAAUCCGGGAAGUUCUGAACUAUUGUUCUAAUGUUAAAAACAAUGCAAGCAGCACUCUCACCAUCCAUCCAGGACAUUAAAGGGAGCGGCACUGUGCCCCCAUCCCAUUUCCCCUUGAAAAAGAUGCCCCCACAAAACACCUACAAACAUCCUCUUAUUUUGUCUGCGAAGUCUCAUUUAUUCUCCAAAGGUGGGAGCCCACAGUAUCUUUAAUAAAAUAAAACAAUAAAGUAACAGGAGAUGAAUGUUUUUAUGAAGGGCUUAAUAAACAUAAACAAAUUGUGCAUGCAAGUAAAUGCUUGUAUGUGUGUAUUUUAUUACAUUUCAAUUGUAAAUAUCACACACACACACACACGAAUACAUAUUGUCUUUAUCUGCUUCAAAUUUCUUUGUUUUUACCCCCUACAGAUAUGUCCAAUAAGACUAUGACGCAUUAUGUACAGUGUAUGAACUGUUAUAAGCAGAUGCUUCGGAUAUUUCUGUUCUCAAGAAGAGUAAUUGACAAGUCUAGCGGCAUUAACUGAUACAUUGUGAACUAUAAGGGAGCAGAACACAUUAAUGGCUUGAGAUUUACUCUUUUGCAGUGUAUUAACAGAGUGACCUGACUGUUUUGCUCUUAAUUGUCACCCAUUCCAAAAGUGACAUCACUUCCUCUGGGAUGCAUUAUUAUGUGUUCCAGUCAGCUUAGCUCCAGCGUGCAGCUGCUAUUGGCAAGUAUUACUAAAAUCCGGAUCUUCCUCACAAAGCAAGCGUUUGCAUGGUCUAGUUGUUUGCAUUUCUUUUACUGUCAGUGGGGUUUGUGUUAUUCACUGACAUUCUUCAGUGUAACUCUCUAUUUAGAGCUUAGCUUUAAGAGAUCAGUAAUAGGUGCACUGAUGAUAAAUAAAAUACAUGUUUAAUAUUAAGAAGGGACUUCAGACACGGCGAGUGUUUGCAAUGACAUUUUGUGUGUAUUUUUGCCAGAUUCCUCUUUAUACCCUGUUACGACAUAAUCUUGAUUUCCCAUCUGAUGUCAGAAUCCACUUAAAACCGAGUUUUUGUAUUUUGGGGGUGUUGUUUUUUGUUCAGUUGGUUUCAAUAAAAAAAGUUCCAAAGUA